UUUCAAGCAGCUACAAUAAAAAAAGGAAAUUAACAUUUAUAUUACGUGGACCAAUGAUAUUGGAUGAAACACGUAAAAAUUUACACCCAAAAUAUUCGAUUAUUUCCUUUUUAAAAAAUUCCAAACUGUAUUUCACUAGCAACACACAAUUUCCAGAUAUAGUUUCAAAUCAUACAAAGAAAAAAUCAGACUUUCACUGCAAAACACAUAGAAAUUCUUUUAAAACUUCAGAAAUCUUCAAUGGCAAACCAAUCCAUGUUUACAAAUUCAACCCAAGAUGAAUUGUGCAACUGGGAAUUCAUCAAUCAUUUCGAUUUCGAAUUAGACAGUGAUGUGGAUGAUGAAAGCAUAUAUGAAAUUGAGAGUAUUGAUCUUGCUGAAUCAAUCGAUUCUGUUUCUUCAUCUGUAGAAGAUGAUGAUAAGGAUGAGGAAGAAGAAAAAGAUUUUCCCAUGAAUGAAGGGAAUUUAUGUGGUGAUGUUAAUGGUGUUAAUUUUUCUAGGGUUUCAGAUUUGGGGCAAAAUCGAGGGUUUGAUGAUGAUGAUUUGAAUAAUUUCGUUGAUUAUCACAAUAAAAAUGAUGGGUUUGUUGAGAAUUUUAACGGGUCAAGGUUAGAUUUUGAUGGGGUUGGAUCUGAUGGUGAAGGAUUGAGCAUAUACCUUCAUAAGCAUUCACCAUCAUCUUAUUAUGAUGAACAGCUUUCAAAUCUCCAUGAGCAUGGUAGGGAUGAUGGGAAUUUGAUAUAUACCCAUACACAUGAUGAUGAUGAUGAUGAUGAUGAUGAUGAUGGUCAUGAUGAUGAUGUUAGUGACAUGGAUGAUGAUUUGAUACCAUGGGAUGUGAAAGAUCUGUUAGUGAAGCAAAGAGUAAGGAAAUCUGGGAAGAAUUCAUUUAGAAGAUUGGCUAAAGCUAAGAAAUCUGCUCUUGUUUUUACCAGACCAGGUUGUGUUCGUGGAAAGCAUGGAUUAGGUCUUAAUGUUUAUUGAAAAAGAUUAUAAUUUGGAGUAAUUCCUUCCAAUUUAUCAUUAGUAUGAUAUGUAAAUUGAUUUAUGUUAAUAAUCAUUGAUUUAAGGUUAACUUUAGGUAGUUAAUAUGUAAAUUGGAAAAUUGAAGAAUGAUUAUGAUCAUCAUGGAAAAUUGAAGAAUGUAAAUUGGGGUUAUCAUGUGUAUAUGUUUAUGAUUUGAUUAAUAAAUUGAUUUCUCAA